CUGAAAUGUGUGAAUGUUUGUGUUUGCAGGUGAAGAAUGACUACAUGCUGGAGACUGCGGAUCUGGUGGAGCAGGAGGUCGCGCUGAAGCUGGGGUGUCUUGAGAUCAGGAGAUUCUACAGAGAGAUGAGAGGAAACGCUCUGGAUAAAAAAUCCAACUAUGAGCUGCUCGAAAAGGACGUUGGACUACGACGGUUCUUCCCCAAAAGUUUGUUGGAAUCGGUUAAGGCCAAAACGCUGAGGAAACAGAUCCAGCAAACCUUUAAGCAGUUCGCAAACCUGAACGACGAGCAGAGCAUACAGAAGUUCUUUGAGAUCCUGCGCCCGUCUCCAGAUGCGACCAAGUAGUGCUUCGCUGUGCUAUCUGGGGGUACUUGGGUCAUACAAGUGGAUCUCGCUAUCGGUCCAGAGGAGGGAAUCAGUUACCUGACAGACAAGGGUUCCACGCCGACACAUCUGGCCAACUUCACGCAGGUGCAGAGCAUCCAUUACUCCUGCGUGGAGGAGAAGGAGAGGAAGGGCGUCUUACAGCUGGACGUGGCAGGAGCCGCUGAGCCUCUCACCAUCAGCACGCCUUUCUUCGCCACCGCUGAGAACAUGGCCGACCUCAUCCACAUACACUCUCCCCCUCAACAACCCCCACACACACCCCCACAUCCACACACCAUAAAAAACACAAAGGGGGAAAGAGCUCUUCCAUCCAUUCCAAAACUUGCCAACAAUGAGAAGCGUCUGGAGGGGAUCCGGGCAGGAGUUCGUGCCAUCUCUGUUUCAGACUCGGUGGUUCAGACGCCCACCAAAGCUGCUAAAGCUCGGCGCUUUCUCCUUCCGUUUGUCCUCUGUUCCCAUGAUUCUCCUCCUAAGGAAGAUCUUAGCGGAGAUGAAACAGACGACUACGCAGAGAUCAUAGAUGAGGAGGACACCUACACCAUGCCCUCCACCGAAUGCUAUGGAUUAGACGCAGCUCAGGACUAUGAGAUCCAGCGGGACAGAAUUGAGUUGGGACGGUGUAUCGGCGAGGGCCAGUUUGGUGAUGUCCACCAAGGGGUUUACAUCAGUCCGGAGAAUCCAGCAUUAUCAGUGGCCAUUAAGACGUGUAAGAACUGCACUUCAGACAGCGUGCGUGAGAAGUUCCUGCAGGAAGCUCUGACAAUGCGGCAGUUUGACCAUCCGCACAUUGUGAAGUUGAUUGGAAUAAUCACUGAAAAUCCCGUCUGGAUCAUCAUGGAGCUGUGCACGCUUGGAGAGUUGAGGUCAUUCUUGCAAAUAAGGAAGUACAACCUCGAUCUGUCCGCGCUGAUUCUGUUUGCCUACCAGCUGAGCACAGCGCUGGCGUACCUGGAGAGCAAACGCUUCGUGCACAGGGACAUCGCUGCCAGGAACGUGUUGGUGUCUUCCACGGAUUGUGUGAAACUUGGGGAUUUCGGUCUUUCCAGAUACAUGGAGGACAGUUCCUAUUAUAAAGCUUCUAAAGGGAAACUGCCCAUCAAAUGGAUGGCUCCUGAAUCCAUAAACUUCCGUCGGUUUACCUCAGCCAGCGACGUCUGGAUGUUUGGUGUGUGUAUGUGGGAAAUCCUCAUGUUCGGCAUCAAGCCCUUCCAGGGCGUGAAGAAUAAUGACGUGAUCGGGCGGAUAGAGAACGGCGAGAGGUUAGCGAUGCCCCUGAACUGCCCUCCGACCCUCUACAGCCUGAUGACCAAAUGCUGGGCGUACGACCCCAGCAAACGCCCGCGCUUCACCGAGCUCAAGACUCAGCUCAGCACUAUCCUGGACGAGGAGAAGGCCCAGCAGGAGGAGCGUUUCCGUAUGGAGAUGAGGAGACAGGUCACCGUGUCCUGGGACUCUGGGAAUUCAGACGAGGCGCCUCCUAAGCCCAGCAGACCUGGUUACCCGAGUCCUCGAUCCAGUGAUGGCUAUUUCCCAAGCCAACACGCAACAAAUAAUAAUUUUGUCCAGGGGUCUGGAUAUCCUGGCGCACACGUGCCCGGUGCGGGAUACCCGCCGCAAGCCUCCGUCCUCGACCCGCAUGAAACAUGGAACCAUCACAGACAGGAGGUGCCUGUGUGGUCUCCAAACAUGGAGGAUGGGGGCGCUCUGGGGCGGAGUCAGGGGAUGCCCGCCCACCUGAUGGAGGAGACGCUCAUCAAACAGCAGCAGCAGAUGGAGGAGGACCAGAGAUGGCUGCAGCAGGAGGAGAGCUUCCUGAAGCCGGAGUCGAGGAACUCGAGGGGCAGCAUCGACCGCGAGGACAGCGCUCUCCAGGCCCCGAUGGGGAAGCAGCACAUUUAUCAGCCCGUGGGUAAAGCAGGUACGAGCACAGACACUCCUGAAUGCACAUUUUCAAUACAAAUCCAGCCUCAGGAGAUCAGUCCUCCUCCCACAGCAAACCUGGACCGCUCCAGUGAUAAGGUGUAUGAGAACGUGACGGGGCUGGUGAAGGCCGUGAUCGAGAUGUCCAGCCGCAUCCAGCCCGCGCCGCCCGAGGAGUACGUCCCCAUGGUGAAGGAUGUUGGACAGGCGCCCAUGACACCACCAACCACUCACAAAGAGACCAUACCAUUCUCACACUCCAACAAUCAAAUAGACUCCAUACUCGCCUCAAGAUGCACGGAGCCCUUAAUGCUUUCUUUGUUUUGCCUGCAGUUGUAUUUGGAUGAAUUAUGCAGCUCUGUGUGUGUGUGUGUGUGUGUGUGUGUGUGUCAGAUCGAGAUGGCUCAGAAGCUGCUGAACUCGGACCUGGCGGAGCUCAUCAGUAAGAUGCGUCUGGCGCAGCAGUACGUCUUGACCAGCCUGCAGCAGGACUACAAGAAGCAGAUGCUGACCGCGGCUCACGCGCUCGCCGUGGACGCCAAGAACCUGCUGGACGUGAUCGACCAGGCGCGGCUGAAGAUGCUGGCCUCCUCUAUGCUGGAUCAUCAGCCGGACCUUCAGCACAGAGAUCGGUGGAUAUCGCAGAUGUAUUGUUUUAUAACCGUUAGCAGCAUCAUGUUUUAUUUUGUAUCCAGAAAUGAACUUUCUCAGCGCUGGAGAAUCUGCAACUGGAACCCAGCGGACUCCAAUGAAAACGGUUUUCCAAUGAUCCAAAGGCUUCUUGACGUCACAGAUGACUUUAUAGAGUUGAUCUCAGACUUCGGUGAUCAAGGUGCUUGAACAGCAUCCUCUGAGAAACUCAGGGGUUCGACGCCAGUCUCGUGAACAGACUCACAGUCAUGUUUAACACAUCUUUUAAAGAGUCACAGCUAUUGUAUGAAACAGAGGGAAAUUCCAAUGCGAAUAUAGUCACAUAUCAGAGCACAUAUUGAUCAAUUAUAAUCAAAGCUGCCUUCUGAAUUCAUUUCAAGAGACUUAAUUCUGUCAAAUCAUGUCAUGUUGUUGU